AUGCACUUUUUCAUUCCAACUUUACCAAAAUUUUCCUCUGCCUUCUCCCCAAAAAUCCGUCCAGGGACAGCCCACAGGCCUUUUCCUCUCUGUCAUGGAACAACAACUUUAGGCUUCAUCUUCCAAGAUGGUGUCAUUGCUGCUGCAGACACACGUGCAAGCGCUGGUGGGCUUGUUGCCUGCCCAGAUGUUCAUAAGAUUACUCCUAUCCACUCCCAUUUAGUUGUCACCUCCUCUGGUAGUGGUUCAGACUGCACACUGUGGGAGCGGAUUUUGAAAAGAGAGAUCAGACUCUACCAGCUGCGGUACAAACAACGCUUGUCAAUCAGUGGUGCUGCCAAGCUCCUCUCAUUUAUGCUGCACCCCUUUAAAGGGACUGAUGUGUGCGUGGCCCUGACACUGUGUGGCUGGGAUAGAGAUGUAGACCACACUGACUGCACCAAGACUUUCGAUGAUUCAAACAUUUGGAGCAGCUCCUCAGCGAACAACAACCAAGACGUCAGUGUAGAAGCACGUGCAGGAUCUCAGAGCAAUGGGCCAAAGCUGAUAUAUGUGUGCAGUGAUGGUGCCCGACUGCAGGGAGAUGUGUUUUCUGUGGGAUCAGGUUCUCCUUAUGCUUAUGGAGUCUUGGAUAUUGGACUGAGGAGGCAUCUGACUAAAGAGGAAGCAGUUUCUUUGGCUAGAGAAGCUGUGUUCAGGGCCACUCACAGGGAUGCCUACUCUGGAAACAAUGUGGACAUUUUUCACAUCACAGCGCAGGGAUGGAGCUGCAGAGAGAGGGAGAAUUUGAAAGACGAGUACUACCAAGAAAUGGAGAAGAAGGCCACGAUGGUGGAGGAAAGAAGAAAGUAA